AUGGCCAACGAUAACGACAACAUUCAGGCAUAUCACGUCCGAGGGAAGGUUUCGAAAGUACGAUUUGUUACUCCAGCGUCUUACGCAGACGGAUCGGUGUUUGCGGUAACUGGUACUUGGGACGAAGAACAGGACAAUACUCUUUCAUUACAUCAAAUAUUUAGAACUUUACAGCCGUUCCCAACUUCACAAUUCAAUCCCUUUCGCACAAAAUCUGUAACAGACGUCAAGCAUGAAGGGGAAGUUAGAGAUCUACAUUUUCUCUCCCAUGAUCUCUUUCUAACGGCGUCUUCGCUUGGCAGGAUAAAUUUAUUUCGUAUAGCUGAGUCGGAUCCAAAAACACAGAGCGACACGACACACAAGAUUAAAUUAGAAUAUUCGAAUACAACACACGGUUCAGACACGGGAAGACCCUUAGCGGCAACUGGAAUAGCUGUAGAACCUAAUAACGAUAUGAACCCAGAGAUCGCGAGUGUAGGUGAAGACGGCAGAUUAGUAUGCUUCAGAAUCGAGGAGAAUCAGAAUGAUAUUGCUGUUGCCAUUUAUUUACAAGAACAAAUAGAUGCAGCAGUGAUAAACGGAAUAUCAUGGCCAACUUCAAAGGAGAUUAUAGUAGUAACCAGCGGCGGGCAAUUGAAGAAGUUUGAUAGAAGAGAUUUAAGAAAAUCGGCUGCCGUUGCUGUGGAUCAAGACUACGCAGCAGAUUCGCUGACCGCUGUUGCAUGUAAUCCAUCACAGAUCACCCAGAUAGCAGUAGGAAGUUCUUCCGGCUUGGUGACUGUGUGGGAUAGCAAAAAUUUGUCAAAGCCAUUGAAACAAUUUCAGGUUCAUCGAGCUAAUGGUAUGUCAUAUGAACGGGCAAACUGUAAAGCUGUGAGAAUACGUGAUAGAGAUCUAGAGGUCGGGUGUUGA